CCCCCCACUACUGAUCUCUAAUUUCCUCCCUUCAACUAGUACUACUUCUCCCCAAGAUCGAAAAUGGCCCAUCUUUCCAUUUUCUUUCUUAGUUUCUUCUAUUUUCUAUGCUGCAAUCCAGGUUUCGUUUUCUCCUCUCCUGUACAAGACCCUGAUCUUGUCGUCCAAGAAGUGCACAGGAGCAUCAAUGCCUCCAGGAGGAACUUGGCCUAUCUCUCCUGCGGAACCGGAAACCCCAUUGAUGAUUGCUGGAGGUGCGAUCCCAACUGGGAGAAGAACCGCCAGAGGUUAGCCGACUGUGCCAUCGGGUUCGGAAAGAAUGCCAUUGGAGGAAGAAAUGGUCGCAUCUAUGUGGUCACUGACUCCGGCAACGAUGACCCCGUGAAUCCUAAGCCCGGUACUCUACGACACGCAGUUAUACAAGAUGAGCCUUUGUGGAUCAUUUUCCAAAGAGAUAUGGUGAUUAAGCUGGAGCAAGAGCUUGUCAUGAACUCCUUCAAGACCAUCGAUGGUAGAGGUGCCAGCGUCCAUAUUGCCGGUGGGCCAUGCAUUACUAUACAUUAUGUCUCUAACAUCAUCAUCCAUGGCAUCAACAUUCAUGACUGUAAGCAAGGAGGGAAUGCCAAUAUAAGGAACUCCCCUCACCAUUCUGGUUGGUGGACCAGAUCGGACGGUGAUGGAGUGUCCAUCUUUGGCGGGAGGCAUAUUUGGGUGGACCAUUGCUCACUGUCUAACUGCCAUGAUGGCCUCAUCGAUGCCAUCCAUGGAUCCACCGCCAUCACCAUCUCCAACAACUACAUGACUCAUCAUGACAAGGUCAUGCUUUUAGGCCACAAUGACGCGUACACACAAGACAAGAACAUGCAAGUUACUGUAGCCUUUAAUCACUUUGGAGAAGGGCUGGUACAGAGAAUGCCAAGGUGUAGAUUUGGGUAUUUUCACGUGGUGAACAAUGAUUACACUCACUGGGAAAUGUAUGCCAUUGGAGGGAGCGCUGCGCCUACAAUUUACAGCCAAGGCAACAGAUUUCUGGCACCCGAUUUGAGGUUUAGAAAAGAGGUGACAAAGCAUGAGGACGCACCAGAGAGUGAAUGGAGGCACUGGAACUGGAGGUCGGAAGGGGAUUUGUUCUUGAAUGGGGCAUACUUCCUGCAGUCGGGCGCAGGAGCAUCAUCCAGCUAUGCCAGGGCAACUAGCCUGAGUGCAAGACCAUCUUCUCUGGUGGGCUCAAUGACCAGGACUGCUGGUGCACUUGGGUGCAGGAAGGGUUCCCGCUGCUAGCUAAAAUGAUCACGUGCGCAUGAGAUCCCGGCCUAGAUAUCAUUAAUAUGAGUGCGGGGAAGCAAGUACAAAAAUUAAGGAAGAGAUCAAGAAUAUUAAUCUCUCUAGAUGUAGCUUGUUUGCCCGCAGUUUAUCAUAUAUAAUAUUUAUGGCCACGUGAAUUAAGGAGUACUACUAGUAAGAAGUUAAGAGUACUGCUUCCAGCUUCCUUCCGCCUAUAGCUUUAUAAAAAAAACAUCAUGGAUCGAUGCUAUGGCAAUUCCUGUCUAAUGACACGGAAGUUAUAAAGUGCCGAUUUAGUUGACAU